CAUAGUAGUCGACCUCUGAAACCAAUACUAACAGCACAUUCUUCAGGUAGGUGUACAGCAUUUGAAUCUCUCCACACGUGACUGGCAGCUUGUCUUGUUAACUCCGGUCUUAGUUUUUUAUCACCAAUCUUAGGUCCGUCAUUGUCUUUAUUUGUUACCUCCUCUCCUUUUAAUCUGAUACUCGGUUACGUAUUUUCCCACGAUUGAAUCAUCCAGCUCAGAGAUCAGGAUCAUAUCAAAGUGUGGAAGUUACUUGACUUGAAGUAUAAAAAGCAAUAGGCCUAGUACUCAACCGUGAGGUACUCCACCAAAUACGAGUUUUCAAAAGAGGGAUUAACAAUUAAUUCAUACUCUGUCAGUGACUAACUAGAAAGUCUCCAAUCUACAUAAGUAGUUGUCUGGGGAUUCCGAUGCUUUUCAGGUUCAGUAGGAGCCAAUUGUGCAUUACUGUAUGACUGGCUGUAUUGUUAACAUCUAAUUUUUCCUGUUACCUUUUCACUAGACAACAGAGGCACAUAAAAACUAAGUGUUGUAAAACAUCGGAAAACGAACACAUUUCAAAUCAAGGGCUUAGGAACCAUCAUUCAAAGCUACCAAAGAUAGGCGGUAGGUUCCUAACUCCAAGAUCCUAUCGUAAAAAAUGGGCUUAUACUGGAUUAUCUGCAAGGUUGUACAUAACAAUAACCUGAAACCUUACCUAGACAUUGAGAAGCGAGUGCAUAUGAUUUAACUUGUUUAUACUAGGAAGUCACGAAGAUGUUGAGCAUUGAACACGAGAUGACAUUUGCGUCUCGACAGUUAGGAUGUUCGUAUGUCUCCUUAUUGCUCUAGAUUUAUAUUUACUCAUUAUUCCUUGCUUAUUUGUUUUCCGCUCGAAUCAGCAGCACUCUAAACUCCAUCGAAAUAUUUUUGGCGUUGCAAAGGUAGAAUUCUUACGGAAACACAGUACUCCCGCUCGUUCCUUAAUGUUUGAAGUUUCACCUUUAUUAUCUCAUUUUGCUCUUUAACUUCUGUAGUAGACUAUUAUUUAUGUUGGCUUCUCUCUGGAUAGUAUCAUUUAAGCGUUCUUUUCGGUAUUAUACCAAGGGUAGUUGACUUGUUGAUAUGCUCCCUCCAAUUCCUUUCCUGUUAAAAUGUCAAAAAAUUUUUAUGAUGGGGAUAAAGUAUGUAAUCGAGUGUCUACAUAAUCAGGAACCACACAGUACUUGUAAAUCGUGAAAAUACAUUGUGAUUGCAUAUUUUGCCUGACAACUCUGACUAAUAUGUUCAGAAGAACUACAAUUUAUGGACAAACCAAUCAGAUUCAACGUACCGGCUGUUGGUUUUGUGUGAAAUUCAUUUAUCCACAUUUUGUCAUUUUAACUGAUAUGUAAAUACAAAGGUCAUUCAGAUCACUGAACGUUACAAGUUCUCUUUCUAAAUUUGCCUCAGUGAUCUUCAGUCUUACCACCGAAAUACCUAUCUUCGUAACACACCAAGUUAAUUCCCUGUCGUCCUAUGUUUCCUUUAAUUAGUUGAGUAUGUUAUCGCCGCCAAAUUUAUACAUUUUUUUCCUUCACGCUUCCAGUAAUAACCACAUAUUUGAAAGCCAAGCGCAGCCUUACUGACGACUGAAUAUAACAUAGUUGAAGCUUAAACAAUUCGAUUCUUAUUUUCAAUUACCAAUAAUGGACUUCUACUCACUAUGUUUACCGGUUUGUUCCUUUUUUACCAGAUUAUAUCGCCAAGUCAGCUGUCACUAUCAAACUCACAUCGCCUUUAACGAUUCAGUACCUACAAACUAAAAGUCGACUUGUUGGCGGUCACAAGUAAUCGUGAGCGUCUACGAUGAUAAUCUACAUUUUCUGCCUCGCCUUAUUGUGUGAAAAAGUGAGCGCAUGGGAUUCUGGAGAACUUCAAAUGUUUGAUUUAGUUGAAGAGGUCAAGGAAAACUUUUAUGAUUUUUUGGGAGUUUCUCAGACUGCUGAUAUUUCUGAAAUAAAACGUGCUUACCGAAAGUUGUCUUCUAAACUUCAUCCAGACAAGAAUCCAGAUGAUCCUACUGCAGAGCAGAAGUUCCGAAGGCUUGUAGGUAUUUAUGAAGUCCUUAAGAAUCCGGAAUUACGUGCUAAAUAUGAUGAAGUGCUAAUAAAUGGUUUGCCCAGUUGGCGAACCCCAGUAUUUUACUUUAGGAAGCUCCGCAAAAUGUCUAACUACGAACUAUUUGGAUUGUUCUUCGGAAUGGCUACCGUAAUUCAUUAUGCUGCACUUUGGGGCUCAGUUUUUGAGAAGCGGCUUACUUUGGAAGAUCAACUUAGCACUUCUCUAAAACGUCACAAAGCUCGUGAUCGGAAGUUGGAACUAAUAAACCAAGAGAUAUCUGACGAACUUCAAAAGAUUCCCGGUCCCGGAUGGUUUGAUUUGCUUCCGUUCGCUAUUGUCAGAUGGAUAUAUGCUAUCAUCACAUUUAUUCCUGUUUUCACUGAGUUUAUUAACGGGAAAAUUUCUGAGAAAUUACAAGAACGUCGUGAACUCAUGGAAGAAGCCCGGAUUCUUCAAGAAAAAAGAGAAAAGCUUAAGGCUGAUAAACAAGAACGCAAACGUCGCUUAGUGCACGAACAAACAAUGUUUAAAGAAGCUGUAAAGGAGGCUGGCCAAUCAACUUUGAAUUCAGUCCUUAAAGACAUCCCUGAUAUUGAGAUCGAGAGUUCUGAUGAUUCAAAAAGUGAAGCAAAAGAUCCUGUUUCUCGAGAAUGGUCAGAAGCGGAUAGAGAUAAUUUAGUUCGUGCGGUUAUUCGAUAUCCCGGAGGUGUUCCUGGAAGAUGGGAACGUAUCGCAGAAUCUCUUGGUCGUAGUGUUCCUGAUGUUAUUCGUAAAGCGAAAUCUAUGAGUAAAGAAUUGAUGUCUAUUUCUCAAAAAAAUAUAAAUCCUGAUGAAAUUCCAAUCUUUGAAACAAAUGUAAAUAAUUUUUGUGGAGAAACUGAUUCUGAACAAAGUAAUAGUCAAUCAGACGAAUCAGGUGAAGAACAACAUUCAAGGAAACGACUUCGUAAACGUUUAUUAAGACGAAAAGAACCUUGCGUUGUCAAUCAAACAAAUGGAGAAACUCAGCUGAAUGUGAAUAAUGAUUUGUCUUCAGACGUUAUUAUAGUUGAUGAACCAUAUAUUAGUCGAAAAAAACUUAAACAACAGAAAGAUCAAGCAACAUUUAAAUCUGUAGAAAUUAAACCUGUCAAAAGUAAUGAUGGAUGGACUAAAGUAGAACAACAACAGUUGGAGGUCGCUAUUCGCUCUAUUGGUAAAGGGACACCUGAGAGGUGGGAUCGGAUCACAGAAUGUAUUCCAACAAGAACAAAGGUAUGUUAGUGAUACAUUUUACUUUACUUUUGACUUUUCGACCGGUAUUAACUAUUUCAGCGUUUCAAAGAAUAAGGUUUCGAAAGUAUUAAGUUCGCUACUUGAAUAACGCAUAAUACAGUGUACAACGACGACACUCGGACGUUGAACCAUCACAAACCAAAAGACAGAAGAAAAUCUGGAGAAGUUUUUAAUUGGCAGAAGUGAUGGCUCAUGUGAAGUAUCUUUCAACUCUUGUUCAACAAAAACACUGAACUAUCUUUUAUUGUGUUAACAUUCCUUCAGGUUAUACAUUUAUAAACCUCCAUGUUUCAGACUGUGAUCUUUCAUACCUUAAUAGUGUUAUAUAAUCCAUGUAUUUAUAGUAAAAUUGCAAAUUAUUUUCUGGAGG